AUGGCGGACUCCGAAACCGGCCUGCCCGAAGUGGCCAAGGUGCUGGAGGGCUACCCGCGGUACCAGAUCGUCAAGGUGCUGGGCUCGGGCACCUUCGGCACGGUGGUGCUGGCGAACGACCAGGAGCGCGACGGCGAGCGCAUCGCUGUCAAGCUGGUGGAGAUAAACGACCGCGUGCCGAAGUACGUGUGGCGGGAGAUCGAGAACCACAGGCAGCUGCUGAAGCACCCGCACAUCAUCGAGUUCUAUGACGUCUUCAAGCCGGUGGAGGGCCGCGUGGCGAUCUCCAUGGAGUACGCGGACGGCGGGAACCUGUUUCAGUACGUCAGGAAGCUGAGGCGCCUGGAGGAGGAGCUGGCCAGGUGGCUGUUUCAGAUGCUGAUCCUGGCGGUGGACUACUGUCACCGGAAGGGCGUCGUGUCGCGCGAUAUCAAGCUGGAGAACAUCCUGCUGAAGAAGAGCACGUUCCUGCCGGUGGUGAAGCUAUGCGACUUCGGCUUCUCCAAGAAUGUGAACAUUCACUCCAUACCGAGGUCCAAGGUUGGCAGCCUGGAUUACAUGGCGCCUGAAGUGGUGGAUGCCAGGGGGCGCAUUGAGUACGAUGCGAAGAAGAGUGACGUUUGGUCUUGUGGCGUUGUGUUGUACGUCAUGCUCACGGGCAUGUACCCCUUCGAGGGGGGCAUGCGGGGUGCCCCACAGGACAAGCGAAAGGAUGAUGUGAUCAGGCGGAUUCGCCGGAUCGAGUACACAGUCCCUAACCACGUGUCCAUGGAUGCCAGGGACCUAAUUGAGCAGUGCCUGACAGACAGCGAGCACAGGAUAUCGAUGGCGGAGAUUGUGCAGCAUCCCUGGUUUAUGAAGAAUUUUCCAGAGGAGGCAAGGACGAUGAACGCCACCAUACUGGCAGAUCAGGAGGCCGCUGCCGCUGGUGAGGAACCAUCUGGGGGUUCCAUCAGCUACAACUGGAGCCUGGACCCAAGGAGGCAGAGGGACAUCAUGGACCCAGAAUGGUAUGAGCCCAUGAUAGAUGAGGAGCUCAAGAAUGAUCAUGAUGAUGGGGUUGAUGUCUUGGCCGCCGACCUGAAGAAUCAGCAGAUUAGGGGCAACCCAGGCAACCAUUAG